CGGAGCCGGCGGCCGCGGCUCUUUUCUGCACUUGACGCCUGAGCGCGGCUCGGCUGCGGAGCUGGUCGGCCCCGGGGCCACCAGGUUCAUGUGGAGGCUCCCGGGCGUCCGCGCCGUGCUUCGUGGGGUGCGCACGGCGCUGGAGCGGCGCAGCCAGGCGGAGGCGCCGGCCGAGGAAGGCGCGAUGGAGCGCGCGGUGGUCCGCUGCGUGCCCUCGGAGCCGAAGCUCAGCCUGUCGUUCGCCUUGGCCGACGGCAGCCACAAGAACAUGCAGCGCGACCAGAGCGAGCCGCUGGGCCGGGCCCUCAGCCGCAUCGCCACCAACGCCCUCAAGGGCCACGCGAAGGCAUCUGCCGCCAAGAGGAGCAGGAAGAACCGGCCCGCGGCCAGCGCCGGGGGGACCGGCGCCGGGCCCGGGUCCGAGCCGACGGCCCCCUGCGAGCCGGUGGUGAAGCUGUACUACCGAGAGGAGGCCGUGGCCGAGGACGUGCUCAACGUGGACGCCUGGCAGGACGGGGCGGUGCUGCAGAUCGGCGACGUCAAGUACAAGGUGGAGCGCAACCCGCCCACCUUCACCGAGCUGCAGUUGCCGCGUUACCUCAUGGCCGGCUUCCCCGUGUGCCCCAAGCUCAGCCUGGAGUUCGGGGAUCCCGCCCACUCCCUCUUCCGCUGGUACAAGGAAGCCAAACCCGGAGCGGCAGAAUCGGAGGGCGGGGGACCCUCGUCCUUGUCGCUCUCUUCACCCUCUCCCGCGUGGACGGAGACGGGUGUCGAUGCACGCGUCUACACCCCGUCUAACGCCGACAUCGGCCUCCGGCUUAAGCUGCACUGCACCCCAGGCAAUGGGCAGCGCUUCGGACCAAGCCGGGAGCUGGAAAGUUGCCCCGUGGAGGCCGGGCCCGGCACCUGCACCUUUGACCACCGGCAUCUCUACACCAAGAAGGUGGCGGACGAUGCUCUCAUCCGCACCGUCUCCUACAACAUCCUGGCUGACUCGUAUGCCCAGACCGAGUUCUCGCGGACGGUCUUGUAUCCAUAUUGUGCCCCUUACGCCCUGGAGCUCGACUACCGCCAAAAUCUUAUUCAAAAGGAACUCACGGGCUACAAUGCCGACCUCAUCUGUUUGCAGGAGGUUGACCGUGGCGUGUUCACUGACAGCUUGAUGCCCGCCCUGGACGCCUUCGGGCUUGAGGGUGUCUUUCGGAUCAAGCAGCAUGAAGGCCUGGCCACUUUCUACCGAAAAUCCAAGUUUAAUCUCCUGAGCCAGCAUGACAUUUCCUUCCAUGAUGCCCUGGAGUCUGACCCACUGCACAAAGAACUGGUGGAAAAACUCGUUUUGAACCCAUUGGCGCAUGAGCGGGUCCUCCAGAGAUCUUCCGUCCUUCAGGUUUCUGUUCUUCAGUCUACAAAAGAUCCUUCUAAAAAAAUCUGUGUUGCCAAUACCCAUCUGUAUUGGCAUCCAAAAGGUGGGUAUAUUCGUCUCAUUCAAAUGGCAGUAGCCUUGGCUCACAUUAAACAUGUCUCAUGUGAUCUGUAUCCUGGCAUACCAGUUAUAUUUUGUGGGGACUUUAACAGUACCCCAUCAACAGGAAUGUAUCAUUUUGUCAUCAAUGGCAGUAUUGCAGAGAACCAUGAAGACUGGGCUUCCAACGGGGAGGAAGAACGUUGCAACAUGUCUCUUACCCAUUUCUUCAAACUGAAAAGUGCAUGUGGUGAACCUGCUUACACAAAUUAUGUUGGUGGCUUUCAUGGAUGUCUGGAUUACAUUUUUAUUGACUUAGAUGCUUUAGAGGUUGAACAGGUGAUUCCAUUACCUAGUCAUGAAGAAGUUACCACACACCAGGCCUUACCUAGUGUUUCCCAUCCUUCUGACCACAUAGCACUGGUAUGUGACUUAAAGUGGAAAUAGAAUUACAUUUAAUGGAGUUUUAAAAUUGUCCUUAAUAGGAAAUUAAUAAAAUCAAACCUUACAUGUAACUUUCAAAAAGGAAAACUAGACACUAAGCUCAAAUGUUCUUACCCUACUUGUUAUGUCCCAGUAUCUUCAUUACUUGACUGUUCAUGUUUGCAUAAAUAGUUUCUCUGACCUUUUUUUUCUACAUUUAGAGAAAAGACAUAUAUUUAUGACUAUCAGGAAGAAAAUUGAAUUAUUGUGUAUCUUUUAUAAGUACUUUUUAUUUAGCUAGUAAAUAAUUUUUUAAGUGCCAUAUGAAUGAGUCUACCAUUUUUCUGUCAUGAUACCUUUCCAAUUGAAUCAUGUUCAUACAGAGGGAAAGUUCAUACAAAUUAAGGAGUGAGAGGUCUAAGUUGUGAUCCCUGGCAGGAAUAACAUUAGGAUCUACCUCUACCUCAAUUUAAAUAACAAUUUAAAACACUUUAAGAGCUUUAACAAAAGAUUAAAGUAUACUAUCAAAGUUGUUACUGCUUCUUUCUUUUUUCACUUAGCAUAAAUUGUUUUUAGGAGUUUAGCUUUUAAUGGAUGGUAUAGACGGACUUAUAUUUCCAUUCUUACUGCAGCUCAUUUUAACUUUUAGAAUACAAUCACAAUUUAAAAUUCAGUUAAUAGUAAUGGGAGUUAGCUUGAUCCCAUUAUUUUCAAUUACGCUUACGUGUGAAAAUCAAAGCAGUAUGGUAUAGACCAUUUGAUAUUAUAUAAAACAUAUAGCACAAUACAUUACUUAUUGAGAAAUGGGACUACUGAAAUUUUUGAUGAACUAUUGAUCAUAUCUUUAUAUUACAAAUAUUUUCAAAAUUGUUUUUAUGAAUAGAAGUGAAAGUAGUAGGGCUUCUGAACAUCUCAAAAUUUCAAAUAAAUAUAUACUUGGAGCAUUUUAGGUUAGUUAUGGGGAAUCAUUAUAUAUAUAAUUUAUAUACUUAUAAGAAACAUUAAUAUAUAUUAAAGUCAGAUUUGUGCUAGUCUUGAGUGGUAACCACUUUUUUGACUCAUUAUCACCAUACUUUAUUUAACUGUUGGUUUGUUGAUAUUCAAGAUAGCUGUAACUUACCUCAUUUCUGCAAUUCCUGAUUUAGGUAUUAAAAAACCACUAACCUUG